AUGGCGAGUAACCCUCCCGGGAACCCCAAAAACCUCCCUGACAGCCGCUCGGGGCCUCGCCGGGACCCCCUCAGGAGCCUCCGGGACCCCCUCAGGAGCCUCCGGGACCUCCAAAAGCCUCCCGGAACCCCCUCAGCAACCUCCGGGACCUCCAGAAGCCUCCCCGGGACCCCCUCAGGAGCCUCCGGUACCCCCGGGAUCCUCUCCGGGACCCCCUCAGGAAACCCCGGCACCCCUCAGGACCCUCCGGGACCCCCUCAGGACCCUCCGGGACCCCCUCAAGUCCCUACGGGAGUCCCUCAGGACCCUCAGAAACCUCCCGGGACCCCCUCAAGACCUCCGGGACUCCCUCAGGAGGAUCUGGGAACCUCUCGAACCUCCCCGGGUCCCCCUCACGACCCUCAGGGACCCCCUCAGGACCCUCCGGGACUCUUCAAGACCCUCCGGGAGCCCCUCAGGACCCUCCAGACCGUCCCCGGGAGCCGCUCGGGGCCCGGAGCCGCCCCGGUGCCGCCGCCAUGUCGGACUCCGGGCAGAGCCCCGCCCCCGGCGCGCGGCGCCGCUGCUGGAACCGAGAGAAGGAACCGGAGGAGGGGAGGCGGAGAGAGGAGGGAGCUGGGGGAGGAGCCAGCAGGGACGCUACAGAAGACGCCAAUCAUCCUGGCCAAGCCCCCUGCAGAACGGCAGCAGCUGCCUCCGGCCGCCCCCAAGGCGGGGCCAGCACAAGCCCCGCCCCCUCCUGCGCCGGCCCCGCCCAUCGUGCUGAUGAAAGCACGGGGGGAGGAGGGUCGGGGAGGGGGCGGAGCCUCGGCAGCACCAGGGGAGGGGCCACAGCAAGCCCCGCCCACCGAGAGGGAGGGGCCACGCCCCACCCAACCUGUCUAUCAACUGCACAGCCGGGGCUUGGCCCCGCCCGCCGCGCUGGACCCUGCCCAGGCCCAGGCCCGGCUGGCGGCGCCCGAGAAGAUGAAAAGCAGCAUCAAACUGGUGGACGAGCAAAUGAACUGGUGCGACAGCGCCCUCGAGUUCCUGCUGGAGCAGACGGACGUGCUGGUGGUGGGAGCGCUGGGGCUGCAGGGCACGGGCAAAUCCACGGUGAUGUCGCUGCUGGCCGGGAACCAGCCCGAGGAGGACCCGCGGUCCUUCGUGUUCCGGCCGCAGCCGCCGGAGCUGCGCGAGAGGGGCGGGGCUCAGACCGGGGGCAUCGACCUCUUCAUCACCCAGGAGCGCGUCCUGUUCCUGGACACGCAGGUAAUUAACGCUAAUUAGCGCUAAUUAACCUUAGUUACCCUUAGUUA